UUGGAGCUGGUGGCAGCCUUACACAGGCUCACACUGGCUCACACAAUCUCACUUGCUCUGGCUCCUGAACCCCUCCACUCCACACGAGGACGUCUGAGUGUCCCAUCACUCCCCUGAAAAGCCGUCAGAGCCUCAGCCUCUCAGAUUCUUGCACACAGUCUCUCAGGCUCACUCACUCUCUGUGGCCUGCCUCAGAUCGCCUGCCAUGGCACUCCGUGUGAUCCCACUACUGGCCUUCAGCCUACUGGUUCUCUGGACCUUCCCAGCUCCAGCUCUGGGGGGUGCUAAUGAUGCGGAAGACUGCUGCCUGUCUGUGACCCAGCGUCCCAUCCCUGGGAACAUCGUGAAAGCCUUCCGCUACCUUCUUAUCCAAGAUGGCUGCAGGGUGCCUGCUGUUGUGUUCACCACACUAAGGGGCUACCAACUCUGUGCACCCCUGGACCAGCCCUGGGUGGAACGUAUCAUCCGAAGACUGAAGAAAUCUUCUGCCAAGAACAAAGGCAACCGCACCAGAAGGAGCCCUGUGUCUUGAGUAAAGAGAUGUAAAUCCCUCUGGCCCAGGAAACCAAGGACCAGAAGAGAGGAUCAGGCCUUCUGAUGCUCUGCCACAGAUCUAAUCCAGCCAAGUCUGUGCCUAGAGAGUCGAUGUGAAUGUGAGUGUAAACAGAGUUUGUGUGCUAGAGCAGGCCUCUCCAUGGCUAGACUGCAGUGCUUCCAAUAAAGCCGCUUGGUACCAUG